AUGUGUAGGGACGUGGAGAGAAACCUGAUCACAAGCGAGCGCGAGGUGGUUGACAGGUGGCACCAGUUCUUCGCUGAGCACCUCAAUAGCGGAGAAACGGAAGGAGGCGGAAGGGAAGUUAUCCUUGGAGUGCCUACAAACGACAGUAGUGUCCCAGUUCCCGGUAUCCUGGAGAUCAAACGGGAAAUUGGGUCACUCAAGAGCAACAGAGCCGCCGGAAUGGACAGGCUACCGGCAGAGCUCUAUAAACAUGGAAAAGAGGCACUAGCAGUGGCACUCCAUUGGGUAAUCUCUAGGAUUUGGGAGGAAGAAAGACUACCGGAGGAAUGGAUGGAAGUUGUAUGCCCCGUCUAUAAGAAAGGCGAUCGGCUACAAUGCAGCAACUACCGCGGUAUGACGCUUAUCAACGCUGCCUUCAAAGUUCUCUCCCAGAUUCUACUCCGUCGUCUAUCUCCUUUAGCGAAAGAAUUCGUAGGGUAG